AUGGUGGAAACAGUUUCCGAUCCUAAUUGUCAAGGACCAAACACAUUAUCUGGCCAAACAAAGGCUAUAAUCGCAAAGGAGUUUUCCCUUCUCGACUUGACCAAGGUAGCCUUGCCACGGAUCGUGCCAACGAAGGACGACGCCUUUUAUUUCACCGUCCAUGUAUGUCCGCUGGCCCGUCAUCCGCUCGCUUCGCCAAUCCGGCGAGAGUUCCGACCACACAGUAGGACAGGAGUCGCUUUGUCAACCAUCCUGAUUCACCGUCAACGGCAGCAGCGGUAUGUACCGCUACAGUUGCGAACGGAAUCGAUGUGCAUACUAUUCUGUGCUGUUUUAAUCCUCAACAUCACAUUAACUACAUGCCAAGCAACUACUGCUGUUCCUCCAAUAUGUGAAAAUGAAUUAAUAGACGAGAUGCCCCAACGGAUAAGGAAAGUCUGCACUGCCCUGGAAAAUUCUAACCAAUUUGCUGAAGCACUCAAUGCAUACAUUAGGAAAGAAGCAGCAGCACUCCUGUAUCAGGGCGAGGAUUUAUUGGCACCAAGCAGCAAUGGCAAACGUACUGACGUGGACCACGUGUUUUUACGUUUUGGACGGAGACGCUAAUUUCCACUCACAUUUUAUCAUUACGAUUGGUUGAUUAAUUGUGUUACGGUUCAAUGCAGUCUGAUUACAUUCGAUCAAAAAGGUUGAUGUUGUUGAGGA